AUGAACUUGGUUACGAAGGCUAGCACCGACAGUCGAAUCCAUUUCAACACUGCUGAGCUGAGCAUCCUCUUCCAUAUAUUCUUUGUACUUGUCGGGUUGGAGGAUCGAGAAAUGCGGAUGAAUGAGUUGGUAGACUUCCUCUGGACACAGAUUGGCAUAACUCACUAUUCAACCCUGAAGAACCUUGCGAGGGCUGCCCCACUGCUUCGCAAUGGAUACGCAGCACGGGGCACCAAGAGUUUGACAGCCCUCGACUUUAUUCACUUUCUCUCUACCCUCCUCCGUGGUCGUACCCUGGAUCGUGCCAAGUUGGCCUUCUACGCAAUGGACAUCGACAGUGAUGGACUUUUGCGUCAGAAGGUUGAAUUCACCAGCCUUAUCAGUGGGAGUUUCGAUAUCCGCAUCGCCGCUCUCAACCCCGACCUUGAUCCACAGGAACCGGUACGCGAUACCGUGCGAUUUCUCACCAACAAGGCCCGAAUUACAGGGAAUGGAGGCCUGGACAUGGACGACUUUUUGGAGCUGGCAAUCAGGGAGCCCUGGGUGAUUAACUCCCUCUUCCAGUGUGUUCCUGGGGGACUAGAAAACGUUGCUUUCCAAAGCAUUUUCACAAAUACUGUUGAAGUGCCUGUGAUGGAGACUCAACGAAGUUUCAUACGUCGACGUCGUACUACAUCCGUAUGGGAUGCUACAAGAAAAUACCUACAGUAA